CUGUCAAACGUAGAAUCGUUUUGUUGUUAGCUGCGCGUACUGAAAGGUGGAGUGUUCGAUUUGCAGCGACGGAACCUGCAAUUGUUUGAGUGUAUACGGAAUUAUUCUGCUAUCUAGUGACCCACAACAACUGAAAAGUAUAAACAACAACGCCCGACAUGUCGACAAAAUCCUCCAACAGCAUCGACAGUCGCACGGAGCUGGUCGAACUUGUAAAACGGAAGGCAGAAAUUUCGGAUACACUGGCUAAUUUGGAACGGCAGAUUUAUGCCUUCGAGGGCUCAUAUCUGGAGGAUACACAGUUGUACGGAAACAUCAUUCGCGGCUGGGAUCGCUACUUAACCACGAACAAAACCACCAAUUCCAAAGCGGACAAACGGAACAGAAAAUUCAAGGAAGCGGAACGACUCUUUUCCAAAUCAUCCAUCACCUCGAUGGCGGCGGUCAGUGGGCUAGUAGAUACGAAUGACACAAAGCAUGAGCGUAACUCUGAAUCCGAUUCGAUGACGAACGACGACUCUAGCGACAACCAGGUCGGUGGUUCUCACUCGACCGUAAAUCAUUCCUCUGCCGCCGGCAAUCGUGAACCGUCCACACCGGUCGUUGUGUCCGGAACUGCCGCCGCCGCCGCCGUCACAGACGGACCGCUGAAAAACUCCGCUAACAAAACGUUAACUAACCAGUCCAAGGCAAAUUCUGCGGACAAGGCGUCAUCCGGUGGCACGACCGGAUUGCUAAAUCGAGCGACUUCACCCACCACCAAGGAGUCGAACAACACCUCUGGGCUGGCGAAAGAACCGGCCGCGAACAGUAACAGCACCAGCACACCCAGCAGCACCGCCAAACACAAAGCGAGCAACAUCGGUUCGAUGAAGAAGGGAAGUUCCAAUAAAAAGGUGCGCCAUCGCUAGCGUGAAUCUCAACACCGAAGAGUCAAGCGGUUCAACAAGAAUUCGGUGCUACGGCAAACAUAGAUCUUAACAAUGUACAUGUGACACUUGAAUGUAUAAAGCUAAUAAAUAAUAUCGAUCAACGCUUAGUAGACGUGAUGGUCUGCAGUGUGUGAUCAUCACAAGUGUU